UUUCUUAAUAAAAUUUCUAGCUAUAUCUGCAUGUUCACUACUUUACAUAUAAGAUCUGCAUAUAUGAAGACUUCCGCAGAACUGAGGUCUUGUUUCAACAUGACUUCUGGAUUCCUAAUUCUCAGUUUGCUGCUCAUCAUCUUACACGUGAUGACUGUUGUCACAGCUCAAGAUGGUUUACGAGGACCAACUUGUCGAACUUGCGGAGGCACAAAGAGUGAGUUUGAUUAUUCAAAGACCAGCGGGAAGGGACCAGCAUUUUGGGGAACGCUGAAGACUGAAUGGGCUACUUGCGGGACCGGAAAGUUGCAGUCGCCGGUGGAUUUGACGGUGAACGGAGUCGUCGACGUGGUUCCCCAGUUAGAGACCGUCACAAGGCGCUACAAACCUUGCACUAAUACAAUGCUCACUAAUAAGGGCACUAGUAUUGAGCUUGAGUGGGUUGAUGGUGGAGGUAUCUUUAUCAAGGGCAAAGAAUACAACCUCACCAAUACUCACUGGCACUCACCUUCCGAGCACACUCUUAAUGGCAACAGAUUUGACUUGGAACUGCAUGCUGUGCAUGCCGAUGAUGAACAGCCUCAGAACUUUGCCGUGAUAUCUAUUCUCUACAAAAUUGGUCACUCACCAGACCCAUUCCUCGCGAAGUUAGAGAGAAAUAUAUCAGCAUUUAUUGCCGAUGAAAGUGUUAAAGAGAUCGAGAGGGGAGUAUUGGAUCCAACUGAUAUCGGGAUUUCUGGGAGAGAAUUUUAUAGGUAUCAAGGUUCACUCACCACCCCUCCCUGUACUGAAAGGGUGGUUUGGACAGUUGAAGAACAGAUAAAAACUGUCUCUGCGGAUCAAGUUGAAUUGCUACAGGAAGCUGUUGAUGAUAAUUCAGAGAUGAAUGCCAGACCACUGCAGCAACUCAAUGGGCGUGACGUCCGCCUCUAUGUUGAUCAUUCUACUUGAUAAAUCAACUUGUUGUCUUCCCAGUACCCACAAAUAACUACCGAGGUUUCAUUAAAGCAACUCUCAGUAGUGUUAUUGUUUCCAUUCAUUUAUGAUCUGCUGUGUUGGUUUUGUUUGUACUGGGCCUUGUUUUGUUUAAAAUUCAAACUAUAUCAGCUUCAAUGCCUCAACUUGUGAAUUAAUUAGUUAAUUUGAUUUGAAAUUUUUUUCUUGAAA